UUUUAUGAUUAGUGUUCUUUCUGAAGAUGACAAUAUUAUUAAAAAUAUAAAUCCGGCACGGAUUUCUAUGAAAAUGUGGGAAGCACAGAGCAGCGGAACUAGGAUACCAGCUGAUGUUACAACAUUUAGCUGUAGUAAAGUGAAGGAUGACAAGGAAGGUGGUUUCUUCUACUUCAGGGAUAAAGUGGUUCCAGAGAGAGUGGGCACUUACAGUAUCCAGUUUACCUUUGCAAUGGAUAAGACAAAUAUGCUCAGCAGUGACCAGAUUAUAGUUGAAGUUGUACCUAAUGACCCUGUACGCUUGUUACCUGAUUCUUUACCAGCUACUCCAGCAGUUUCCAAUGUUCGAACUCUUACUAGCCGUACACUGGUCAAGGAUUUACACCUCCAUGUAAUGGAUGCAUACAACAAUCACACUGGGAUUGAUCUAGUUGGCAGAAUAAGAGCAAGAAUUACGAGCCCCAAUGAAGAUGAUACAGAGAUCCCGCAGUUUCAAGGGAAAGUCAGUACAAUUGAGUUUCCAUUUGACAGAGGAUCAGCUGAAAUUAAUCUAGUGCUUGCUGAAAACAGUCCUGGAAGAGAUAGCACUGAAUAUAUUCUUGUGUUUGAGCCAGAUCUGCCAGCUUUGAAAAAACCUUUGGAGCCAUACCGUCUGUCAUUUAUGUUUUACAAUGAUUUCAAGAAGCAGCAACAGAUGGCAACACUUACAAGGGAGAGAGACCAAUUAUCGCAGUCCAUAGGUGUUUACAGAAGUUGGUUUGAUACUACUAAUCAGCUUGUAAAUGAAAUGAAAUGUCAGGUUAAAGAAGCUGAAACACGAGAAACUCACCUGAAGAACGAACUGAAAAAACACCAAAUUGAAUUACCACAGACAAACACACUUCAGUAUGUGGAUUCUCUUAUAAAACAAAAGAUGUUGGAUCAAGAAGGAGUAAUGAAACAGCCAAGGCGAACUUGUACCCUCCCAAACUAUCCAAAAGGCAACCAGGAUAUUUUAGGCAAGAUUGCACAUUUAGCUCAAAUUGAAGAUAACGAAGCAGCAAAAGUUAUCUCUUGGCAUUUGGCAAGCGACAUGGACUGUGUAGUCACGCUGACUACUGAAGCUGCUCGUUCUAUUUUUGAUGAAACUCAAGGUCGACAACAAGUGUUACCGCUUGAUUCGAUUUACAAGAAGACACUCCCUGAUUGGAACAGGCCUUUGCCUCACUUAAGAAAUGGAAAAAUCUUCUUCAGACCUAUUGGAAAUCCUGUAUUUGCCAGAGAUCUGUUAACAUUUCCAGAUAACGUAGAGCAUUGUCAAACAGUGUUUGGGAUGCUCUUGGGUGACACUAUCAUUAUAGAUAACUUGGAUGCUGCCAACCAUUACAGAAAAGAGGUUGUAAAAAUUACACAUUGCCCUACCUUGCUGACUAGGGAAGGGGACAGGAUUCGCAGCAAUGGAAAAUUUGGAGGCCUUCAGAAUAAAGCUCCUCCAAUGGACAAACUCAGAGGAAUGGUAUUUGGAGCACCCGUCCCAAAACUUUACUCCGCUUUCUCUGGACAGAUAGAUCUUCUUCAGCAAUACCGUGCAGCAGUGGUGAAACUUGAUAAUGUGAAUAAGGACCUUGAUUUACAUUUGCAGUCACUUAACACUCCAGAAAUGCAAAAGAAAAAACAGGAACUUGCUGAGCAAGAGAAAAACCUCAAGCGAAUAGAACAAAAAUUGGGUAUGACUCCAUCAGAUAGAGUCACUGAAUCAUUGCUUCAGCCUAUAGUGUUAGAUAUGUCUGACACCCCCAUCCCUCCCAAAAGAAUGCGAAGAGAAACAGUAAAAAAGUUGUAUGGCUCGGAAGACUGGAUCUCCUCUCCCAUGAAGGGGCAGCAGCAGCAGCAACCACUGCAAAUAGCCACUUCAGAACUUAAUGGAACUCCACGAAAGAGAAAGGCAUAGACUGAUGAGACUUGCCGGGAGUCACUCUGUAUUGAAGAUGUGAAUACGUUCGCUUAAAGGAAAUAUUCAUGUUGUAUUACCCAUUGCUAUGAAGAUUUUUAUACCGAUAGAAGAUAUAAAUGUAUUUCAGUUAGUAGUAAAAAAAAAAAAAUUAGAGUAUUUAACAUUGAUAGCCUAAUUUUUGUAUUGUUAAUUUUCAUUUCUAAAAGCUUUCAGCGUUUUUUUGUUCCUGUGUGAAAAAAGUUUGAAAUAUAUCCUUUUUUAUUUAUGAAAAAAAUCAAUCUUUUCAAUAAAACUGCUUCUAUACAAA